AUGGAUACCGUCGAAGCGAACAACCCUCGGAAGCAAGCGACGACCAAUGCUUUGAUGAUUCGCUAUCACGCGUACGGUCGUCGCGUUCGCACGAUGCUCUACCUCGGUGGUGUUUUGCAAGUUCGAACACAUUCCGCGAUCCGAGCGUAUAUCGCUGGAUUUUCGGUAAUCCUUAUGUGCUUGAGUCAUUGUAUUUUUCUGAUAAACCUCAGUCGGGACCACGCUGACAAUUUGAUAUUGAUGGUGAAAUACUUCAGCCAGAUGACUAGCUUCAUCGCGCCUGCGUUAAUGUCCGCCUGCUUUCUGAUCAAACGCAAAAAACUGAUCGAGCUCCAUGAAACGCUGAACGAUCUCUUUGAACAGGAACUGGAGCGGGAUCGGGAAGCUGCUCUCGCGACUUUAUACGCGUUCGAUAGACCAUUUUGCAUAGUAUUCUUCACCCUCGCAUCGACAGUCUUGUUGUACGUCUGUCCACCGCUGAUAUCCAUAAUUCGUCAGAUUUUUCAUCAUACCGAGCCCAGGAGGUAUAGAUUGCCGUUCCCGGCGAAGUUUCCGUGGACGGUUCCGAUCAACGGCGGUUUCCUAUUCUAUCUACAUUUUUUAUAUCAUUUGUUCCUCGGCUGGUGGAUAGUUUUCACCAUCAAUAGCGUCGACAGCCUCUUCGGCUUCUACGCGUUUCAGAUUUCCUCGAUACUGCAUGCCAUGUCCGUUAAACUGGGGUCAAAUCUACGAUCUCGGGGGACGUUUUCGGAAGUAUUGGAGACGUGCGUGCGGACGCAUCGCCGAUUAUUCCAAUGCAGUUAUAUGCUGGAGGAUAUUUGGCAACUGAUAAUCCUACGGAUGCUUCUCGUCAACAGCAUACUUAUCUGCGCAUUGAUCUUUGAAGCGAGCCAGUUAACAGAUAUAACAAUGAACGUCUUUGUGUUCAUCUUUUACAUAGCAUUAAAGCUCUUGCAAACGUUCAUGUAUGCCUGGUACGGCAAUUUCAUCACAAGCGCGAGCGAACAAUUUCGCGAGGGAAUUUAUUUUAGCGAUUGGCCAGAUUCUAGUCUCGAUCGUCACGUAAGAGCAAACGUUAUUAUAACGAUGAUGCAAAAGCCGAUGACUAUAAAGGCACUAAAAGUGUCUGCCGUAAAUGUCAACAUGUUUACUAAUAUCGUGAAUACUGCUAUGUCCUAUUUCUUUCUCUUGCAAUCUUUGGAUGAAGGUAGAUAG